GUCCGCAGUACUUUAGCUACUAACAGUUAGAAUAGGGGCCAGAAACCCAUGAAAAUGGCGAGGAAAAAGUAGCUUUCAGACCUUAACGGCCAAAUUUUCAUCUUGUCCCGCUCCAGCCCGCAACGGUUACAUUGAAUGCACAAUGGACAUCAUGAUGUAGGCGGUUCGAUCCGCGUGAACUGCUCAAGUAUAUUCGUACACGCCGCGCUGCUUUUCAUACUUCGCUUAAUUUAGAGUUCUUUAGUCCUCCAAAGCUGCAGGGCCUGAAAAGGAGAACUUGCAGUGGACGGCCUUCACGCUCCUCUUAUUAUUAUUGUUGCAGUUUGGCUAGGUAAUGCUUUUUAUCUGCAGCGCACUUCGCUGUGACAGUGGAGCACCUGUAGCAGAGCUCUGAGAGGACGAAGGAAACGAUUUAAAAUGGCAGCCAAAACUGCGGCUCCGAUAUUUCCCAUGCCUGUAGAUUUCGAGUUCGACCAGUAUUGCCUCGGACCAGAAAUGGACUACGCUAAGGUACUGGCGGAAGCUAAGCAAGGGCAGAAAGAUCUAAUCCUUUCUACGGAUCGAACGCCCCGCCGGCAGGACUUACUGGCCGACAUUUCUUGUUUUUCGGGGCAUUUCAAAGCGUCGGCGGAGGAUCAAUCUCUGAAGACAAAUCGGCGCUCAUGGAAGAGCUCCCUUUUAGGGCUUUGGCGAAAAGCACAGAAGAAAAAUCUGAAGGGCCAGUGCUCCCCAAGCAGCUUGACAACCCAGCAUCCCGGGUUCAAAUCUCGUUGCAAACCUGCUGCUUCUGGGCCGCUCUACUUAAAUGACGUUCGUAGCAAUAGCGGCCCUUCUUACUGCCGCUCUGCUCGGUCCUCCACCCCGCUAGCCGCCCUAUUCACAGGCGACGCAGGAAUUCCCUACAUGUCUCUCAAUCAUCACACUUACAACAGAAAGCCAGCAGCAAGGCCUAUUUACCUGGUCACCUAGACUGAUUUUAUUUUCACUUCUGAUUGAUUUUUUUUAACGGAAGCUUAAUUUUUUGUAUACCAUGUUUUGCCUGACGACCUUUUCAGCAGGUCACUAAUCCCCGAUGCUUCCAAGUUCGGUCAUAGCCAUUUUUUCAGUCUGCUAUGCUCUAAGUUACUUUAAAUUGUCAGCUAGUUUUAGCUGACCCAAAAGGCUUUUGAUUCUCAUAGACAAGAUUUGGGAUUUGAUUUCAUUUUCAAUUAACAGAUGCAUUUGGAUCAUUGACCAAAUUUGAAUGUUGUUGGUUGAAAAGUAUGUGUGUUUUGUGUUAGUAUUUUAGAUCAUAUUUUAUGAUCUAUUAUUUGAUCAAUUUUAUUUAAAUAAAAUGAUUUAUUAUUAUGUUUGAUCAA